CCGGUGUCCUACGUCAGAGCCGCCGCCGCGGAGCCGCCGCCGGGGAGGAGCAGCCGCUGCCGCCCAGGACUGGGCCCUUAGGGAGGAGGAGGCGAGAAGAUGGCGGACGACCCCAGUGCUGCCGACAGGAAUGUGGAGAUCUGGAAGAUCAAGAAGCUCAUCAAGAGCUUGGAGGCGGCCCGCGGCAAUGGCACAAGCAUGAUAUCAUUGAUCAUUCCUCCCAAAGACCAGAUUUCACGAGUGGCAAAAAUGUUAGCAGAUGAGUUUGGAACUGCAUCUAACAUUAAGUCACGAGUAAACCGCCUUUCAGUCCUGGGAGCCAUUACGUCUGUACAACAAAGGCUCAAACUUUAUAACAAAGUACCUCCAAAUGGCCUGGUUGUUUACUGUGGUACAAUUGUUACAGAAGAAGGAAAAGAAAAGAAAGUCAACAUCGACUUUGAACCUUUCAAACCAAUUAAUACGUCAUUGUAUUUGUGUGACAACAAAUUCCAUACAGAGGCUCUGACAGCACUACUUUCAGAUGACAGCAAGUUUGGCUUCAUUGUAAUAGAUGGUAGUGGUGCACUUUUUGGCACACUCCAAGGAAACACGAGAGAAGUCCUACACAAAUUCACUGUGGAUCUCCCAAAGAAACAUGGUAGAGGAGGUCAAUCAGCCUUGCGUUUUGCUCGUUUAAGAAUGGAAAAGCGACAUAACUAUGUUCGGAAAGUAGCUGAGACUGCUGUACAGCUGUUUAUUUCUGGGGACAAAGUGAAUGUGGCUGGUCUUGUUUUAGCUGGAUCAGCUGACUUUAAAACUGAACUAAGUCAAUCUGAUAUGUUUGAUCAGAGGUUGCAAUCAAAAGUUUUAAAAUUAGUUGAUAUUUCCUAUGGUGGUGAAAAUGGAUUCAACCAAGCUAUUGAGUUAUCUACUGAAGUUCUCUCCAACGUGAAAUUCAUUCAAGAGAAGAAAUUAAUAGGACGAUACUUUGAUGAAAUCAGCCAGGACACGGGCAAGUACUGUUUUGGAGUUGAAGAUACACUAAAGGCUUUAGAAAUGGGAGCUGUAGAGAUUCUAAUAGUCUAUGAAAAUCUGGAUAUAAUGAGAUAUGUUCUUCAUUGCCAAGGCACAGAAGAGGAGAAAAUUCUCUAUCUAACUCCAGAACAAGAGAAGGAUAAAUCUCAUUUCACAGACAAAGAGACAGGACAAGAACAUGAGCUGAUUGAGAGCAUGCCCCUGCUGGAAUGGUUUGCUAACAACUAUAAAAAAUUUGGAGCUACGUUGGAAAUUGUCACAGAUAAGUCACAAGAAGGAUCCCAGUUUGUGAAAGGAUUUGGUGGAAUUGGAGGUAUCUUGCGGUACCGAGUAGAUUUCCAGGGAAUGGAAUACCAAGGAGGAGAUGAUGAAUUUUUUGACCUUGAUGACUACUAGGUAGUCGACAUGGGUCCGGCAAAACGUGCCUCACCCUCCAGCAUCCAACCCAAGGAGCAUACCCAUGGUGGAAUCCAAACAGAUCCCUGCCUUACAAUUGGAACAUUUCCAGAACUUAAUCCAUGAGCAUUGGAUAUUGAAAAGAAAACCGAAACAAAACCAGACCCAACCCUACACUUUGGUUUGUCAUGGUGUCAGCGCAGCAGCAUACAACUAAGUUCCUAAAAUGCCACUUUGGACUAAUUUAAAAAAGAAUCCCAGUUUUUACUUUUACUCGAUGGUGAAAUUGGUUGCUCUUGUAUUUUAUGAAAAAAAAAAUGAUUUUUUUAACCUUCAUACAUAGAAUCAAAAAUACUUUAACUGCUGUAAACCUUCAAAAGUUAAUAGAAAUGAGAUCAUACUGGUUUGUUUCUUAUUUUGAUUGGAGAAAAAUUAAAUUGCUGCAUUUCGCAGUGACCCAUUUACAUGGCAUUCUCAGCUUAGACUGCAUAAGAGAAAUACACGUGGUGAAAUGUCGGAA